UUCAUAAUUUUUUUUACAGAUGAAUUCAUGUCAAUAGCAUCGGCCGGUAGCGAUCGCAGUGUCUAUGGCAAUGGUGAUGAUGAUGACCGCUCCACCAUGUCCAGCGCUUCUAACGAGCACUAUCAAUACCCGUUAGAGGCUGCUGGCUACGAUGACCACAUUCCACCGGGUAACGCACGGCCGCCGCAGGAGCACGACGACGCGGAAGAACCGGUGCUAUGGGUUCUUAGGAACGGCGUGUACGAGGUAGCGGAUGCCGACGAAGCGGCCGAUGCAUUAGCGGGGCGCGAUGGGGCCCCGAGCGCUGCGGCUGUCCUCGAGGAAGAUGCGGUGGAUGCGGACACGCAGUAUCAGACUGGCGGGGGACGUCUUCUUCGGUCGCAGAGUUGUGUCGACGAAGACACCGACAACGAGGGAGUGUGUUCCAACAAAUGCGCGCUACAAGACUGGGAUCACGUGGGCGUGGUCACCACCCGCACCAAACCGCGGAAGAAACACAAAUAA